CAUCGAAAUCGAUCCUAUCCAACCCCAAAUCGAGCCCACUCCUCCCCCUUUUCCCGAAAUUCCAUCCAAGUCCCCGCCACCGCCAUGGCUACAAUUUCAAGCAUCGCCUCUCACCCAAACCCUAACCCUAACCUCAAUCUCAUCUCCCCCAUGCUCCAGCCCUACCUCGAGCAGCAGCAGGAGCGCCUCCACCCCGACACGCCGCCGGACGACGGAGGAUCCUCCUACGACGAUCGCGAUUCCUCCGCCGCCAACAAUAAUAACCCCUCCACCCUCAGCCCCAAUCCAAACCCUACCCCGAUCAAGCUCCUCCACCUCUCCUUCAACCAGGACUACGGCUGCUUCGCCACCGGCACCGAUCGCGGCUUCCGAAUUUUCAAUUGCGAUCCCUUCCGCGAGAUCUUCCGUCGCGAUUUCGAUGGCAACGGAGGGGGAGUUGGCGCCGUCGAGAUGCUCUUCCGGUGCAAUAUCCUUGCGCUGGUCGGCGGUGGCGAGGCGCCGCAGUAUCCGUUGAAUAAGGUCAUGAUUUGGGACGACCACCAGAGCAGGUGUAUCGGGGAGCUGUCCUUCAGGUCUGAAGUGCGUGGGGUUCGGCUUCGGAGGGAUCGAAUUAUUGUUGUUCUCGAGCAGAAGAUUUUUGUGUACAAUUUCGCGGAUUUGAAGCUGUUGCAUCAAAUUGAGACUAUUGCGAACCCCAAGGGUCUCUGUGCGGUGUCGCAGGUUGCAGGAUCGUUUGUGCUGGUUUGUCCAGGGCUGCAGAAGGGGCAGGUCAGGGUGGAACAUUACGCAUCAAAGAGGACUAAAUUCAUCAAUGCUCAUGAUUCCAGAAUUGCGUGCUUUACCCUCUCUCAAGAUGGGAAUUUGCUGGCUACUGCUAGCACUAAGGGGACGCUUGUUAGGAUAUAUAACACACACGAUGGGAGUUUGCUGCAGGAGGUCCGAAGGGGCGCAGACAGGGCAGAAAUAUAUAGUGUGGCAUUCUCACCCACAGCUCAAUGGUUGGCAGUGUCAAGUGAUAAGGGCACUGUUCACGUUUUCAGCCUUAAGGUCAAUUCUGGGAAUGUUGGCAGCGAGAGGUCAAACAGCCCUCCUGAUACAAACCCUUCUGCUGCGACACCAGGCUCUUCACUGUCUUUCAUGAAAGGAGUCCUUCCGAAAUAUUUCAGCUCAGAAUGGUCAGUGGCUCAGUUUCGCUUACCUGAAGGAUAUCAAUAUAUUGUUGCUUUUGGACACCAGAAGAAUACAGUGGUAAUUCUUGGCUUGGAUGGAAGCUUCUAUCGUUGCAAAUUCGAGCCAGGGAGUGGUGGGGAGAUGACACAGUUGGAAUAUCACAAUUUUCUGAAGCCAGAAGAAGCAUUUUAGCACAACAGAUAUGAUGCUGCUCUCUCUCCCUGCCUCUGCUUAUGUUUUCCGGGUGCUAAUUUGUGGGUUCGCGAUGAUGUUGUAAAUAUCCAAUGUAAAUGAAACCAACAGAGUGAAACUGCUAAAUCCAUAACCAGUUUAGUAUUGUAAAAUGGGAAUAACAACAAUAUCUGCUUCUACAUUUCUUGUUUUUAUGUCAUCUGCAGCUGCAGCUGCUUCACUA